AACCGUCCAGGAAUGGUGAGCAUCAAGUCCUACGGACAGGUCACCCAAUCGAGUCUGGCGAUUCACGCAAACGGAGGCAGGCUGAUGUUAUCACACAAGUGUGGCUUCUUCAAGAGGAAGAAGAAGGAGAAGUAUGAGGCUGAGUACUACAAGGCCACCAAGGUGGCCAAGAACCCGGAGUACGGCGGCCAGCAGCCCAACUACUCUGUCAUGCAGCAGGGACCUCAACAGGGCUACGAGAUGCAGCCACUGGCCCCAGUAAUGCCAGUCCAGCAGGCUGCUGUGGCAGAUAGUGCCAGGUACACCAUGGACUUACCGCCCGCCUCGCCGACCAGGCGCGUGGAAACCACCACCACCCGCUACGAGACACGGUACGAACCGGUGUCUCCGACCAAGCGCUCUCUGCACUCUGUGUCAGGGUCAGGCCCGCGCUCUGCCGGCUACACGCAGAUGACUGGCUCUGCCUGGGACUAAUAAGGACAAAGGCACCCUUUCCACUAGAGGGGGAAUGCUAUGCAACGACCACAAUUUCAUUUGAAUGGCCAUUCAUUUAAUGAUCAGAAUUUGAUGCCCAAUGCAAGAUUUAACAAUUUAAAAAAACACAAAACAAACUUUAACAACACAACACAAUUUAACAAAACACGUAUGCAAAAAAAAUUGUCAUUCAUGCAUGAAAUUCGUUGAGCCAUGAAUGAAAGUCUUGGUCGCUCAGCAGUGGCACCUCUAAUGGAAAGGGAGCGUGACGGAAACAAAAGCUCAGUGUAGUAGCCUGGUAUCCAUUCUUGAAUCUAAUCCACUUUUUGCUUCACUGCAAAAUAGUCUGGCAACCAUUAAUAGGAUAACAACUGGCAUUUCAACAUUUGCCUAGAAUAUACACAAGAGCAGUGAAUGCCUCUUAGUCGUAUAGUGGGAUGGUAACUGGGUAUGAAGAGGCAUUUGGAAGUUCAAUCCAUUACAUUCACACGUUUGAUAUCAGGAAUUAAUGACGAAAGGGCCAAGUUUUGGACAGACAUCCAUGCAGAUGCCAGACUGUUUGGAAGUGAAACAAUCAAGGAGUGAACAUGGGCUAGAAUAGGAUGGGUUUCAGACUAACAACCCAUCUUAAAAUUUCACAAACUGCGUCAUCUUGUGUACAGCAAUUCCAUGAAAAGUUUCGAGAAACGACACUGAAUUCUUUUGACAGUAUUCCUCCAGCCUUACCAUUCCUUUUCAACUCUUUCCCAUUAUUACUCACAACUUUUCAGUAGGAUAGCUCUUAGCUGAGACCAUGAGAACCACAGGUUGUCAUUGAAUGUAGACUAAUCUUGUAUUUAACAUUUUCUAUAUCACUAACACUAAAACAAUGAAGAUGCCAUUGUUUGUACUAAUACCAUAGCCAUAAAUACAUUGUAAGCCUCAUAUUCAUAGUAUGAAAGAUUGCCUCAUUGCAAACUCUCAUUAGACAGAAGCCAAUUGUGGUUUCUCAUAAUGUAUACAUAAACUGAGUGACUGAUCAAAUUGUUAGGAUGUCCAUUGUUUCCUUUCAUGUGUUCUCUGUUUAACAUUUGCUGAUUGUGACACACAGAAAAUAUGACACUGACACAAUCAAGGACUUUGGGAUGGUGUCAAAGUAAUACAGAAAAAAGAAAACUUGCUAGGGUGAUCUUUAUCGCAUUUUUUUUUAGUUUGAAGACAUUUUUGGCCACCAGCUAAAAUGUUAGUAAGUUAUUAUACAAGUCAAUACUUUAGGGUGAUGAUUAUGGUGUCAAUAGUGGAGAUGCGAUCAUUUAGAAAUUUGCUUUGUGUUUUAGAUGGUGCACUUUUUAUAGUGGUAGUUUAUUGUUUUCUAUCUGUGUGUAAUGUACUAUAAUAUCUAUGCAACUGUUGUGUGGUGUAAGUAGUUGAUGUGAUGACUACAUGUAGGAUUAUUUAUUUUACAUUGGAUAAUGUAAUUAAGGAUUAUGGUUCAAUGGAAGUUGAUCUGUUUAAAAGAUUAAGCCUUGAGAGCUAGUUUUAUGAUAUUUUUUUAAGUUUAAGCAAGUCCAUUGACAGGGUUGUUAAGGGGUUUGUUCAUGUCAUGUUCUUUUUCUUAAAUAAAAUCAUUUUUGGGGUUAGUU